CCCGAGCCGCCUCCGCCGCGCUAUAAAGUGCGGUACCGGGGGCUCCGCGUAGCGGGCGGGCUGUCGGGGAGGGCGUUUCGCGCUGCCGCCAUGGGGAAUACUGUGGCUAGAGAGGAUUUCGAGUGGGUCUACACGGACCAGCCCCACGCCGACCGCCGCAAGGAGAUCCUAGCUAAGCAUCCAGAAAUAAAAGCAUUGAUGAAGCCAGACUACAACCUGAUCUGGGUGGUUGUGCUGAUGGUUUUGGCGCAGUUGACUGCAUUCUAUCUGGUUAAAGACUUGGAUUGGAAAUGGGUGGUCUUCUGGGCUUAUGUUUUUGGAAGCUGUAUUAGCCACUCCAUGACUCUGGCUAUUCAUGAGAUCUCCCACAACAGUGCCUUUGGCAACAGCAAAGCCAUGUGGAAUCGAUGGUUUGGAAUAUUUGCCAACCUCCCUCUUGGUCUCCCCUACUCCAUAUCCUUCAAGAGAUACCACAUGGAUCAUCAUCGUUACUUAGGCGGUGACGGCAUCGAUGUGGAUAUUCCUACCAACUUUGAAGGCUGGUUCUUCUGCACCCGUUUUAGGAAGUUCAUAUGGAUUGUUCUUCAGCCUUUUUUCUAUGCCAUUAGACCUCUCUGCAUAAAUCCUAAACCAAUUACUCGACUUGAAGUAAUCAAUUUAUUGGCUCAGCUUGUCUUUGAUGUGGCAAUAUAUUAUUUAUGGGGAGUCAAAUCCAUUUUUUACAUGCUUGCUGGUUCAGUACUUGGUCUUGGGUUGCACCCAAUUUCAGGACACUUUAUAGCUGAACAUUACAUGUUUUUAAAAGGACAUGAGACCUAUUCCUACUAUGGUCCACUUAAUUUGCUUACUUUUAAUGUUGGCUAUCACAAUGAACAUCAUGACUUCCCCAAUAUUCCUGGCAAGAGCCUUCCACUGGUGAAGAAAAUAGCAGCUGAAUACUAUGACAACCUGCCCCAGUAUAACUCUUGGAUAAAAGUACUGUAUGACUUCGUGAUGGAUGACACAAUCAGCCCAUAUUCACGCAUGAAAAGGCAAUUAAAGGGUGAAGUGAAGCAAGAUUAAACUUCUGGCAACCAAAAAACUUUGAAAUGUCUGCUUGCUUUAAAGUGGCUGGUAUAAAGGUUUCCUGCUAAAGCUGUUCACCUGUGUCCUGAAUUAAGAUGUACAGCAACAUAGCAAUGCAUCCUUAAGGAUUUUGUAGCAGACUCCUACCAGCCAUAACAUUCCUCACAGUCCUCAGAUUUGUUGGUUUAAUGUGUCUCUGUUUGCCUAAGGAUCAGUGUUAUAUGCAUAAUGCAAAAUCACUUUGUUACAGAAUUUACUUUGGUAGGUGUUAAAUCUAUAUAAAAUGUCUGACUCAUAACAGUUUAAAAGUUCUCAAUGUAGUAUACUGCCCUCAACAUGCUAUUUAGAUGACUAGUUUUAAAAUGCUGUACUUACCUGUUAAUUCUAAACUAACAUGAUUUGUUAACUUAAACAUUCUGUUGAAAAUGUUUUUGAACUGAUGGUUGGAAGAACUAAAUUUGCACAGAAAUGUUCAAUCUGCUUUUGUUUAAAUACGUGUCAUUUGAAGCAAUGCUUUAAAGUUCCACCUUUUCUACCAAGAGUACCUUAAUGGACCAAUCUGUCAGAAUGAAACUGAUAUCUUUGAGAUGGCUUCUAUGAUUUCUUUGUAAAAAAAAAAGAAAAAAGGGGGUAUUGCCAACUCCAAGGGUCCCACCUACUGCCUGAGCUGCUUCUGUUGGCAUGUAGUGUGAGCAGGUGGCAUUUAGGUAAUUUACUAUACCUGAUGUGGGGUUUCAUGUUGGAAAAAUCUUGUUACAGAGUUUGGGGGUUUUCUGAUCUUUUGAAGAAAAAUUACCAUGUUACUAUGGUUUCAAAUAUAAAUAUUUACACUCAUUUGGAAA